ACGCCGCUUCGGUGUUUGCCCGCCGUCGUCCGAUUCCAAACCCUAAUUCGCGAGAGACGAGAUGGCCCCAAAAAGAGGUGGGAAGGCAGCCGUUCCGGCAAAGAAGAAACCGGAGAAGGUUGUGAACCCAUUGUUUGAGAAGCGCCCGAAGCAGUUUGGAAUCGGAGGGGCAUUGCCGCCGAAGAAGGAUCUGCAUCGGUUCGUGAAAUGGCCAAAGGUUGUCCGGAUUCAGAGGCAAAAGAGGAUAUUGAAGCAGCGGUUGAAGGUUCCCCCGGCGUUGAAUCAGUUCACUCGGACUUUGGACAAGAACCUUGCUACGAACCUCUUCAAGAUGCUUCUCAAGUACAGGCCUGAAGACCGAGCUGCAAAGAAGGAAAGGCUUCUGAAGAGGGCACAAGCUGAGGCUGAAGGGAAGACAGUUGAAGUGAAGAAGCCCAUUGUUGUCAAGUAUGGGCUCAAUCAUGUCACUUACCUUAUUGAGCAGAACAAGGCACAGUUGGUGGUGAUUGCUCAUGAUGUGGACCCAAUUGAGCUUGUGGUAUGGCUUCCUGCCUUGUGCAGGAAAAUGGAGAUUCCCUACUGUAUCGUCAAGGGAAAAGCCCGCUUGGGAGCGAUCGUACAUAAGAAAACCGCAUCAGUCCUGUGUCUGACCACUGUGAAGAAUGAGGACAAACUGGAAUUUAGCAAGAUUCUGGAGGCCAUUAAGGCUAACUUCAAUGACAAGUUUGACGAGAUUAGAAGGAAGUGGGGUGGUGGAAUUAUGGGUUCCAAGUCUCAGGCAAAAGCCAAAGCUAGGGAGAAAUUGCUGGCCAAGGAAGCUGCCCAGAGGAUGAGCUAGGUCUUCUUAUCUUUCAUGGCGGUCCGCUACCGGAGUUGGCACCUUGUACGAUGCUUGCAUAAAUUCCGUUGCCGGAGUUGCUGGAGGUUUUCUGAGAUUUUCCGAUGAUGGAUAGUGUUUUUGUUUAUUUGAAGCUUUAUUCAACUCACAUUAAACCCUUUUUGCUUACCCAAAAUUCUUUGCAACUAUCAGACUCGUACUACUACUGUUUCCUGCGCACUUUCUGAUAUGAAGUUCUACAAGUUAUAUAAA